GUAAAUAGAACCCGCGUAUGAUGAGACUAUUUCGAUCGCUUCUCGCACCGGGUACUAUUAUGCCCAUCGGUUGCUCGUCUUAGAGGUUUCAUUACGAACGUGAACAAAGCCGUUAAUGUAACGAGAAGUGCAGGUAGUUGUCGUUAGGUGAUGGAUGGGGGCGCGAGGCAGGCGUUUGGCCGGUGACACCGAACGCUUAGUGGGGAUGCUUCGGAUGCUAACAGAUCUGUUGUUGGGUUGUUUACAAACAACUUUUGUUUAUUAUUUACUAGAUCCGUAAUAGAUGGAGAUUGUCAUAGAUGCCUUGAUAAAUAUGGUAUGUCUGUCUUUUGACCAUAAAUAUCUCCAUGAAAAUGUAUUUUGCAAAUAGACCAUGAAAAAAAAGUAGGUAACAUUGAAGAAUUUUUUUUCGUUCGCCGCUGAUCAUUGAUUCAAUUAAAUAGAGGUGAAACAAUGCGUAAAGUUCUUUAGGGUGAGUGAAUAUUAAAACGUUGCGCUUUGGUGCUUCAAAGAAUUAGCUAAGUUAUGUGAAGAAACCGAGUUCAAAGGCUCGAACGAGUUUAUUUGCCCAUUCCAUUACCCAGCUGGUUUGGGAAGUGAAAAAUCACGCUUAUCUCUAUACAAACAGGCAGCGGUGGUCUCCGACCAGAUGUUCGUUGCACCCAUAAAGAUAAAACGUACACGUGCAUUCAUUUUGUACCAGCGUUCCGAAGUGAACGCGCGUUGAAAAUAUUACGCGCGAAAAACAAAUUAAAGCCGCCAUUUCGAUGUGUUCCAUAUUCGAACGCGCGAUAUACCCGGAUCCGGAGUCGGAGAAGGCUAUUAUGGGGUCCGUGGUGUAUUGCAUCCACCAUAAGGAAGGAUGCCAGUGGUCCGACGAGCUUCGUAAACUCAAGGCGCACCUGAACACAUGCAAGCAUGACGCAGUGCUCUGCGCGGCGCAGUGCGGUGCCAUGAUACCGCGGGUGUUGAUGCAGGACCAUCUCCGAUACACCUGUCCUCGCAGACGAGCUAACUGCGAUCAUUGCGGGAAGGAGUUUUCAGGGAGCGCUCUUGAGGAGCACCAAGGCAACUGCGGCCACGAGCCGGUGUACUGCGAGAACAAGUGCGGCGCCAAAGUGCAGCGCAGACACACGCAGCAGCACAUUCAGCAGCAUUGCAGUAAACGGCUCGUGCCUUGCAGACACUGUGGACAGCGAUACACACAGGACACAGUAUCAGCUCACGGCGCAACCUGCGCGCGGGCGCCGGUGCCGUGUCCACAGUGCUCGGCGGAGGCCACGAGGGAUGAACUGGAGACGCAUUUGAGGGAUCAUUGUUCGGCCGCCGGCGCUUGCACGUUUAAAGACGCCGGCUGUCGGUUUAAGGGCUCGCGGGCGGCGCUGGAGCGGCACUUGGAGCAGGCGUGCGCGGCGCACCUGGCGCUGGUGUCGGCGCUGGCGGCGCGGCAGGCGCGCGCGCUGGCCGCGCUGCGCGGCGCCGUGGCGCGGCUGGCCGGCGGCUGCUCCGGCGCGCUCGUGUGGCGCGUGGCCGGCUGGGCCAACAAGAUGCAGGACGCGCGGUGCAAGGACGGCGUGGAGCUCGUGUCGCCCGCCUUCUACACCUCCCAGUACGGCUACAAGUUGCAGGCAUCUCUCUUCCUAAACGGCAACGGUGCGGGCGAAUCCACCCACAUGUCGGUCUACAUCAAGAUCCUCCCUGGAGAGUACGACGCCCUGCUCCGCUGGCCUUUCGCUCACACCGUCUCUUUCACUCUCUUCGACCAGAGCGCCUCGCCAGACAGAGCCUGCAACAUCGUAGAAUCCUUCGUACCAGAUCCUACGUGGAAAAACUUCCAAAGACCAUCGAAAGAGCCGGAUGCGCUUGGAUUUGGGUUCCCGAGGUUCGUGUCGCAUGAGAUGUUGAAGAAGAGGAGUUUUGUGAAGGAUGACGUCAUGUUUUUGAGGGUUAAGGUGGAUCCGAGCAAAAUUGUCGCCGUUUAGGUUAAGAGAAAUAAUCAGAUCUGUCAAUAAUUUUGACCAUACCAGUAAUUUGAUAGUUUUGAGAACAAAUUUUGUUUCAAAUCAUGGUUUUGCUAUUUUGAACUAAUUAGUUUUUUUUUUAUCAGUUUAAUCUUUUUUGGUUCUUUUAGUACGAUAUCUGACAUUAUAAUAAUUGAAAAUUAAAGACAUGCUGGCGAAUACCGCACAAAAUUAAAUUAGUCAUCGUUAUUUAGUAUUAAAAUAUUUAAAAGUCAUAGAUUUAAUGUAAAUAUUAUAUAAGUUUAUAUUAUAAUUAGGUUAUUUAUGUGAAUAUUUGUAAAUAUUGUAGGGUAGGAGCACAUUUGAUGCAUUGUUAUCCUUUCACUAAAGAUCUCUUGAAUUUUAUUGCCGGCAGACGGACGUAACGAACUGAGCUGUUUCAAAGAAAAUUGAACCUUGUUUAUAUAAGCAAUUAGUGUAUAUCGCUUUGAGAAAUUAAUGCAAUUAGGAUGUUAAAAGUGCCAUAAGAAAGGACACACGUUUUUAUAGGACACUGCAAAAAUGGUGUGUUGUCAAAUAAGCUACGUUCAGGCGUUUUUGUCAGCCUUGAAACUAAUAUUAAAGGCUUUUUGAAAAACGCCAACGACCCCUGACCCACAGAUUAAAAAUAAUUGUCUUUGAAAUGAGUCAAGUUCCGUUACCUCGGCAGAUCUUUGUACAUAGAAUUCUGUUUUAACAAAAAAUAAUUUAUCCAUAAAAGUUGAGAAAUUUAUUGUAAAUACAACACUAUCGAAAAACAAAAAAUGUAAAUAUAUGUUUUUUUUCUACUUUUAAAAAAAGUCUCAUUAUCUGUGUGUUAUAAGGCUGGAGAUAGACCAAAGUGAUGACUUUGCCAGGGAAGAAAAAAAUGCGCCAAAGAUUUAUGUUUGUCGGUUAAAAGAUAGCUUAAAUUGUAGUUAUUUUGGCGUUUUCUUCAAAAAUAUCGUUUAUUACAAGAAUUGAUAGUUGGCAAACACAAAUUGAAGGCGCUUCAUACAUUUCUUACAGCAAAGUCCAUCAACAUGUAACAGCAAAAUGCUGUAGUUAUAUGUAUAGGUAUAUUUAGGCAUUUAUCAUUGAUUCCUUUAUCAAAAUCAUUUAAACACAGAAAUGUUAAUUUGAAAAAUGUUUGAGCGUUCAUGAUUGAUGAUCAUUAUUUUUGUAUAUAAUUUUCUAAUAAUUGGUAUUUCUCUAUGAUUGGUGUGUUUCUUUUCAAAAUUGUUAAAUUGUCAGAUCUCUUGUAAGCUCGCUUUAAACUAAUCUCAACGGUAAUUAUACAUUCCAAUUAAAACAUAUAAUAAGUAAAACGGUUACAAUUUCCUUUUUCUCAAAUCCCUACAUAUUUUUAUUUUUGUUUUACUGAUUGGCUAACCUAUUUUUGUUUGGCAAUUAGUUAAAAUCUUACAUUCUUAAACCAGAUAAAGCAGUGUGUAUGUAACUGUACAUAAUUAGACAUUAAAACUCGUGCGAUCAUAUUAUGAAACUCACUUUGUUCGUUUCAUAAACCCACACUCGUAUUUCAAUUCCUUUCAUUAUGUGGCAGUCACAUAAACUAUUAGGUAUAAAGCCCACCAUUACUUAAAGUUUUAGUUCUGUAUUGUUUUUUUAACGCUAAAAAUUUCAAGUAGGUAUAGUAAUGCUACAUCAUAAACAAUAGCAAUUGACUAUUGCUAGGAAGGCCGUUUUUUGCAUUAAGGUGUAACUAAAUCUAAAGCGCUUUGCAAAACAAUUUUUUUUAAGAGCCUAUAAAGUGUCCCACUGCUGGGCAAAGGCCUCCCCGCUAGACUUCCAAUCUUCCCGAUGAACUGUAGCAUCCGUUCAGUUGUUGAUAAAUGCGUCCAGGUCGUCCCGCCAUCUCCUCUCAGGCCGGCGUUAACGUUGUGGCGCCCACUCCGUGGCUAGUCUAGCCCACCUCUGUGGGUGCAUACGUCGUACAUGGCCUGCCCAGUCCCACUUUAGCCUGGCAGUUUUGACCCCAACGUCGACGAUGCCUGUUUUGGGAAAACAAAUACUUAUCUAAAACUAUCCUAAUUAUAUAUCAUAACUGGUAUGGUUUUAUAGAAUGGUUCCCUAGAAAGUAGAUUCAAAUUCUAAAUACCUAAGGUUUGUUUUUGAACUAAGUUUCUUUCCAUUUUUUUUAUUUCAUUCCUCAUUUCGCAAUAUACUAGUAUAAUGUAUUAGCUAACGAACAUAAGACUAACAAAGUAGUUAAGUUAGGGUAGCUAAAUUAAGUCUACGCUUAGCAAUAAGGACUGUACAUGACUUUGGAUUAAGAUAAAAAUAUAUUAUUUUUUUCUUAAAAUA